UACAUUGUCAAUGGACAUACUACUGUGACGAUGUCUAACUACCAGCAGUACAUGCAUAUCCAAUCCCCAGGCUGGACGUUGGGAUGGACCUGGGCGAAGAAAGAAGUAAUAUGGAGCAUGUCAGGAGUUCAAACGACAGAGCAAGAAGAUUGCUCCAAGUUUAGAGGUAUUAUUCCUCACUGUAGCAAGAGGAAUCCAGCAGUUGUUGAUUUACUGCCAGGAACUCUGUACAAUCAACAGAGUGCAAAUUGCUGCAAGGGAGGAGUAAUCAACUCGCUGGUGCAAGAUCCAGGAAAAGCUAUUAGUUCAUUCCAACUCAGUGUUGGUGGCACGGGAACUACGAACAGAACAGUUAGACUUCCUAAGAUCUUCACUUUGAAGACACCAGAUCCUGGUUAUACAUGUGGACUUGCUAAAAUAGUUGAACCCAGUAAGUUUGUUAGUGACGAUGGGAGACGAGUAACACAGGCCAUGAUGACUUGGAAAGUCACAUGCACAUACUCACAGUUCCGAGCUCAAAAUGCUCCUACAUGCUGUGUCUCCCUCUCAGCCUUCUACACGGACACCAUUGUACCGUGCCAAAAAUGCAGUUGUGGCUGCCACAAGAUCAAUGGAAAUUGUGUAGAUCGAGACGAACCACAGCUAGCUUCAGGCUUUGGAAAAUAUCACAACAAUUCUCCUAUGGUUGGGUGCACAAGUCAUAUGUGCCCUAUUCGAAUUCACUGGCAUGUGAAGUUCAACUACAGAGAAUAUUGGAGGGUGAAGGUCACUAUAACGAACUUCAAUUACAAUGUGAAUUAUACGCAGUGGAAUUUAGUUGUCCAGCAUCCCAAUAUGGACAACCUUGCUCAGUUAUUCAGCUUCAAUUAUAAGUCAUUAACUCCUUAUGGAACAAAAAAUGACACUGCGAUGCUCUGGGGUAAAGAGUUGUACAAUGAUGUCCUAAUGCAGGCUGGUCCGUUAGGAAAUGUCCAGUCCGAGCUGCUAUUCGCCAAAGAUUCGUCAACAUUCACUUUUAAGAAUGGGUGGGCAUUUCCACACACCGUUUAUUUCAACGGUGAUUAUUGUGUGAUGCCACAUCCCGACUCAUAUCCAUCUUUGCCAAAUGGUAGUAGUAAACGGGAGGCUUCACUGCUCAUGACAUACAAAUACAACUUCUUCAUACUUGUAGUAGUAGGAUUAUUGAUUACAUAA